CUACAACUUCUUGAAUAUUCUUAUCGCCAUCUCUGUGGCUUCACUGGGUCCUCUCUACUAGAGAAUUAUUCCAAUCCUACGCGCAAGUUGUCUGUAAUUUCUACGUUUCUUCCUCAUUGUUGAGAUGGUUCAAGGGAAAUGACAUCUCCCUGCAUUUAUCAUCUGCUCUGCUGUUGGUGUGAAAGCAGUUUCACAAUGGCCGAGGGAGCUGCCUUGGGGUUUGCCAUCAAAGUGGUCUAUGAAAGCGGUAAAUAUAUAUCUAGAGCUUUCAGCAGUUGUGAUCUUAAGCAACUUGAAGAAACUCUGAAUGUUUUGUUGCCGACCAUCGAUGAGAUAUGCGAAUUGAGUUUGGAAUCGUUAUCGGAGGCAGGGAUACCCAAAAUUCAAGAACUCCGCGAGAAGCUCCGACUGGUACAGAAUCGCAAGAGAACUCGAAAUUCCUGGAACGAAUUUGGCGAGACAGAUCACAUUAAUGAGGUGGAGAACGAUAUCAAUAAAUUCGUGCACAAUGACCCUUUGCCCGACAUGGCAUUGAAUCAAAUAAAAUUGUUGAAUUGUUCCCAAGAUAUGAAGAAUUCUUUCUCUACCCAGCUGGAAACUCUGUGUGGGGAAAUAAAGAAUUUAACCUUGGAACAAGAAACUGGUUUCAACAAUUUAACCUUCAAAAUUGAGGAACAAUAUACUGAUUUUGCUGGGCAAAUAUUUGAGAUUUCACAGCAGGAUCAGUACCUCUGCUGCCCCCCAGAUUUGCCGAGUUGCUUGAUGGGAUUCGAUAAGUACUUAACGGAGCUGAAAGAGCUUGUCUUGGAGGCUGGAUUGGAUGUGGUUGGAGUUACAGGUAUGGGCGGUGCUGGAAAAUCUACACUUGCUGUUUCCCUUUGCCAUCACCCUGAAAUCAAAGAUAAGAAAAGAGUAAUUUACAUUAAUGUCUCAGAAAGCCCAGAUCUCCCAGGUAUCCUAAAGACCAUGUGGAAAAAUAUUGCUGGACUUGGUGGUCCAGAACCUAAUUUUACAAACGUUGAGGAUGCACAUAACAAAUUGCACUCGGCAAUAAAGUCAAGAAGAAAUGAACCAAUUCUGGUGGUAUUGGAUGACAUUUGGGGUUUUUCUCACCUGAAAAAACUGUUAUUCAAAGGGAGUCAAUUCAUGACUGUGGUAACCACCAGAAAUAAACACACCAUUGGGUCAAUCCCAACCUGGUUCAACAAAGGCCUUUAUCCGCUGCCAUCCUUGCAGGAGGAGCAUGCUUUGUCACUUUUCUGCUUCUAUGCCUUUGGUAUUCCUACCAUUCCAAAUACACAUAAUGAAGAACUGGUCAAACAGGUCCAUGCAGAGUGUAAGGGUUUGCCACUAGCUCUUCAAGUAAUUGGUAGCUCUCUGAAUGGUAAGCACCCCUCUGUUUGGGAAAAUGCUAAUAGGCUAUCAACUGGAGAACCUUCCAAUGAAUUUCAGAUGGAAGGCCUCCUAAAUCGCUUGAAAACAAGCAUAGAUUUGCUGAAAGACAAUGAAAAGCAGUGCUUCUUGGACCUUGCUGCAUUCCCACAAGGACAAGUCAUUCCUGCGAAUGCAUUGUUGGAUAUUUGGGUGUAUGUUCGUGGAAUGACCUGGCCCAAUGCUGUUAUCCUUUUACGAGAUUUUGCAGCUCGCCAUCUAUUGAACUUCAAGAGGAAUCCUUGGAUCCCAGACAUCACGGGUGACUCCAUGAAUGGAUACUCCUUUUCCCAGCAUGAUAUAAUGAGAAAUUUGGCGCUGUAUUUGGCGAAGCAGGAGAAUAGUAUUCAGUGUAAGAGGCUAUAUAUGCCUAAAAAGAAAAGUCGCUUUCCCUCAAAGUGGCAAACAGAUAGAGAUCUUUCAUCUAAAGCUCAGAUUGUUUCCAUUCAUACAGGGGCAAUGAAGGACACACAAUGGCCAGAAUUGGAGUUUCCUGAGGCAGAAGCUUUGCUUUUAUAUUUCACUGCAAGUGAAUAUUGCAUUCCAACAUUUUUGCACACAAUGAAGAAACUCAAGGUCCUGAUGAUCCAUAAUGACAGUGCAAAACGAACCAAGCUCACUGCACUGGCUGGUUUUCAAGUACUUUCUCAGCUUAAAUCUCUGCGUCUUGAAAGGCUGAUAGUUCCUCCUCUGUAUGAGUACUGCAAUGUUUUGAAGAAUUUGCAGAAGCUAUACCUGAGUCUAUGUGAGGGCCUAGGUAAUAUGAGUGGAUUGGGUAGGGAUAAAAUGCUCAACUUUCCAGGGCUUUUGGAAAUUAAUGUGGACUACUGCAGCGAUCUGGAGGAGUUGCCAGCAGGAAUCUGUUCUUCCAAUUCCCUUAAAAUGUUGUCAAUUACUCAUUGCCAUGGCCUUGCCAAGUUACCUGAUGAGCUGGGCAAGCUUGGAUCACUGAAGGAGAUAAGAUUGACGGAAUCUCCAGGCUUAAAAGAACUGCCUCCUUCCAUCUCUAGUCUAAGAAAAUUGGAAUACCUUGACAUCUCAUCAUGUAUGGGUUUGAAGGCGGAUGGGAGAAGAGGCUCUGAAUUGAAGAAAACCCUUAAAACAUUGGCCGAACUGGCAUCCCUCAAAAAAGUGAUUUGUGAUAAAGACCAUGGCCAACUGUUCAAAAGCAGCUCCAGAACUGGCCUUCAAGUUGAAGUUGUGGAAGAAGAAUUCGAUUUGAAUUGGCUAGACUGGUAAGUGACAAAUGCUGUGAGGGAUGCUUCUUAGCUAUGCUCUCAUUUUAUGGUAGAUAUAUUUCAUGCUCUAGGUGCUCUUUGGUAAAUUCAUCCAAUAAAUGGAGAUGAAUAUUCCUUAAGUUUUUGUAAUGGUGACUAUGCCAAUUCAUGUAAAGUUUUGGGUUCAAUUUGAUGGAAUACUUUAUACAAUUAUGUAUUGACAAUUGAUUGUUAUAUAUUUCUCACUCCCCCACGUCACCCACUUCCAUGGUGUCUGCGUAUGGUAGAAAAAAAAAUGAAAAAAAAAAAGGAGAGUGGCGUGAAGGGCGAGAGUGAUUGGAGGAAAGAACAUGGAGGAGAAAAUGCAGAAAAUUACAAGAAAAACUUGAUGGGAGAGGGCAGCGUUAUAAUGAGGGGUCAGCAGCCACAUAAGUUUGAUGGAUGCACAAAAGUGUUCGACCACAUAAAAGAGCGAGACAUAGUCUCACGGAUUAUGAUUUUUGCAGCAUACAGAAGCCAUGGGUAUCCUUGCGAGACAAUCUCACUAUUUCUCCAUAUACAUUGAAUGGGUUUCCAACCCAUUCAGAUCAUACUUGCCCGCAAAUUCCAUAAAAGAAUAAAAGAGAGGAGGUUCGCCAAAGGUGUAUCUGCAACUUCUCUUGCAUAGACAAACCAUGUGAAUUGUUUGACAGAAUGACUAAAAGAAAUAGGGUUUCAUGGGUGCAAUGAUCGGAGGAUAUGCACAAAUUGAAGUUGUUGAAAAGGCUUUAGAAACUUUCAAGCAAAUGCAAUUAGCAGGUGAAAAACUAGGUGCCUGCGUACUCCCUGCCUGAGCCCAAAUGAGAGCUAGGUGCCACCAGGUUAGAUGCUAAACCAUGCUAUUGUAAUUCGGUAUGUGAAAUAAUAAUGGAUUGUUAAUUCACUUGUCGAAAAUAGUCAA